AUGUCUCUAAGAACCCAAAAUGAUACAGUAAUUGAUGAUGAUGAUGAAUUUUGCCCUCUCUGCAUUGAAGAAUUUGACCUAUCGGACAAGAACUUCAAACCAUGUCCUUGUGGUUAUCAAAUUUGCCAAUUUUGCUACAAUAACAUCAAGACGCAUAGCGAAGAGGGCCGGUGUCCCAAUUGCAGACGCGCAUAUGACGAGACCACAAUACAAUACAGGGUUCCUGACGCGGAUGAGCUCAAGGCAGAUUUAGCAUUAAAGCACCGCAAAGCCGCCGCUGCAAAGAAAAGGGAGCAAGAGAAACGCGAAAUCGAAGCUUCUAGUCGAAAAAAUCUUGCCGGCGUUCGUGUCGUUCAGAAAAACCUUGUCUAUGUGAUAGGACUCAACCCAACUAUUAGAGACGAGAGCCAGUUAUUGCAAACAUUGAGAGGUGAUCAAUACUUCGGCCAGUAUGGGGAUAUAGAAAAGAUCGUCGUCAGCAAAGCGAAACCUGGUGGCAACCCAAAUCAGGGUAUUGGCGUGUACGUGACAUUUGCAAAAAAGAGCGACGCUGCGUCAUGCAUUGCCGCUGUUGACGGCUCCGCAAACGGCGAUCGAGUUUUAAGAGCCCAAUACGGAACCACCAAAUACUGUUCGUCGUUUCUUCGUAACGAGCAAUGCAAUAAUAGGAACUGUACCUUCCUCCACGAGACCGGAGAAGAUAGCGAUAGCUUCAGCCGCCAGGAUCUAUCUUCCAUGAACACGAUCUCUUCUCAACGCCCACAUCCGAACUAUCCCAAUGUUGCGGCGAGUCAGCCUCGUGCUUAUCAGCAGCCAAGCCAGCCCGGAUCGUCGAGCUCUGUCUCAGUGCAGCGACAUUCUAAUAGGGAUGAAGGAAGUCGAUCAUCAGGCGGCGACUCGCCUGCCCUUCCGUCAUCUGCUAGUUGGGCGAAUAAAGAGACACUCGCACAGCGAACAAGGCGACCUAGCAUGGCCGCGAGUCGUGGUACACCGAGUCCAAAGCCUUCACCUGUAACUCUUGCAACCAAGCCCGAAGAGCCAAAAAUUACUAUCGAAAGACGGCCGCAACAGAAUAGUGAGAGCUCACGGCAACAUACGCCGACGCCAGCCGGCGGUCCUAGCUCGGCGCAACGUGAUUCUGUACCUCCUGUCACCUCACUGUCCACAUUUCAGGAUAAAUCUGUGGUCCUGGACAAUCUGGUAAAGGCAAUCAACUCUUCGGAAUUUCGGUUCCAGUUCUCGCCGGCUGGCCUCUCAACUGAUGAGCUUGCUUUCAUUGAAAACCAUCCUUCGCUCAUCGAUCCUUACGGCGGUGUUAAGCGGCGUGCCAUGCGUGAAAAAGCGGAACAAGAACGAACAAAGCAAGAAUCUGAAGCUAAGAUGCUUGCACAAGCCAAUCAAGCUGAGGAGGAAACCCUGGAAGGUGGCAGCUCACAGCUCGGUGGUGAACCAGAGGAAUCACAUUCUGCCGCUGGGGGACGUAGUGGCCGUGAACCGCAAGCUAUUCAACCUCCCUCCCAACAGGCAACAGCCUCGAAUUCUGCCGUUGGAUCCCCUAUUUCCGCUGGCCAUCAUUUCCAAAGCUUGAAUGUAAACGGCCGCGCUCUUACUCCCCUCCAACAGCAGCAGCUUAUGGCCCUGAAGUCUGCCAACAGUCAGCCAACUGGCUUGUUAGAUCAGCUUCAAUCUUCUUCGGCCAAUGGAUAUGAUCAUAACCCCCUCUCUCGUCCGAAUGCGUUUCAAAACCAAAUGCCUCCCAUAAGCACGAUGUCCGGCCAUGCGCGACAAUCUUCAAGGUUUUCCUUUGCGAAUGAUUCAAAUGCCAAAAACUCCAGUCAGAGAAUUAUCAACCAACAGGCUGCCAUAAUGCAGGCUUCGACCCCAAACCCGAUAGCUGCUGCUAAUUCACAGCAUGGACUUGGCAGCCACUAUUUUACCAGUGGUGUUCAAGGUCCUCCCCCAGGUCUCAAGACUACAGGCACUCCACCAGUAAGUGGAGGCGGCAUGUUUGCCCAAGGUCACGGGUUUACAAGCACAAUGAAUAAUAAUUUGGGACUCAAUGUCAAGCAAGAUGGGAACGCCGAUUUGAUGCGUGAGCUUAUGCGUGCUCGUGGUGGCACAAGUGGCGGGGGUGUUCAAAUUUCAGAGGCAGCAAAGCGUGAGUACAUAUCUUCUUUAACCCAUCAACACAAUGCCCCUCCUCCCCUGGCUCCCGUUUCAGGCCUUCUCAACUCGCUUUAUGGCCCUCAAUCCGGUUUCUAUCAAGACCCAGGGCUUCAGAAGCAGAAGAAAAGGGGGAAGAAGCACAGACAUGCUAACACUUCCUCCGGUGGAGGUGGUGUAGUAGAUCUUGCGGACCCGAGUAUCUUGCAAGCGAGAAUGCACCAAAAUAGUGCGACUGCUGUCGCUGGGCAGGGACUGUACGGGAGUCAGGGUCAAGCGCUGCAUAUGACACUCGAUGCAAAAAUUUCCGGCUGGGGCGUUGGCAUGGCGUGUCUGCAUAUUUGCGGUGAGGUCGUUGGUGCUUUAAUUUGGCAUCUCGAGUUCAUUUUCUCAGCGACCACCGGGCAUACAACUGAGUCUUCGUGGGCAAUCUUUUCAUUGGAUGAAGACUUUCCGCCUUUAGCGCCUCCCAAAUCCGCCUUGGACACCGUCCGUAUUCCAUCCAGAUCCCAUAUUUCCAUAGGAUCCCCUGUCUCUUCUAUUAGAUCCGGAACUCCGACUCUUCCUCCGGGUCUACCUCUUCCCCACGGCCAUCCCGCAGCUUCUUUAAUCAAUGAGUCCGACUUGGGUUCCAGUCCGUCACCGUCCAAACGGCGUGCCUCCGGUCAAACCACCAUUGCUCCUCCACCUGGUUUAACACCACCCCAAAAACUCAGGGAACCCGUUGUCUCCAGGGGCGCGACUCCAGUGGUACCCGAAUCGCCUGCGACAUCGAAGCCAGAUACUGCCAAUAUCCUCGCUGAAGUUUCAACUGGGUCACCUAAACCGAAAUCAAGCACAUUUGCUGUGCAGGGGAUUCGGGCCCCUUCGCCAUCCAGGAGUAGCAAACGACCAACCGACGAAGUAACUUUAACCAAACAGAGCAAAGGGGUUUCCAAGGAAUCCCAUGGCAAAUCGAAACCUAUCAAGCUGGAUAUCUCGUUUUCUACUCUUUCUCGCGAGUCUGCGUCUCCCUCCCAAACUGCCCCCCCUUAUCACCUUCCAGCUCUUGCUACGUCAGUGGUGGGCUCGCGACCAAAUACACCUGGAACAGUAGCGUCUCGGAUGUCCGAUUCCCCCGCUCCCCGUCAGCCACGAGUAUUACGUGUGGUAGAUACUCCAAAGUCGGAAACCCCACCGCUACAGUCAUCGACUGCCACUUCAGGCUCAGUUACAGCAAUGAAGCAGCGGUCACGGAGACCUAGCAUUUCUUCUGUCAGUCGCCCCGCCACUCCGGCAGAUAUUGGCUCUGAAUAUGAUCCCUAUACGUCCGCUUCCGCGUCGCGAGCCAAUUCCCCGCCGCCAAGCAGAAUCGGGUCAGCCCCAGUUCGUGCCAUGUCAAAAAAUCAAGUCAAAAAGCAAAGAAAGCUCAAAGCCGAACAGGCUGAAUCAAAGAAGGAAGAAGAAAUCUCCCCUACUCCUCCUGAAGAUACUGUACAAGCUCCUAUAUUGGGUAGAAAACGCAAGACGAAGAAACCAUCUAAGCGCAACGUAGAUGCUGCAGAAGACGGUGAAAGGACGCCAUCGGUGGCAAACGAGGAGCCUCAAGCGAAAUCAAGCGGCUAUGCGACUCCCAAACAGAUGGAGUCUGCUGCCAAAAUCUCACCCAAGGUUGAAGAAGUUGAAGAGGAACAAGAGCUCGACGAGCCCUGGCGCUCGAAUAACACCUUGGAACAACUCAUGGUGGAUUCUGAAGCGAUGGGAAUACCGCUUAAAGAGCUCUUCGUCGAAAGAACCGCGUCUCUGCCCACUAUUCUUGCCCAACUUUUCAAAUCCGGCGAAAUGGAUUUGCAUGUUCACCCACUUUUUAAUCCUCCAAAUCUAAAUCAGCGUGUUGAUAUGAAAUGCAACGCUGACGACUAUGAUUAUUUGAAGCGGCCAAUCCAUUUAUCAGAAGAUGACCGGAAAAAGCUUCUUCGUGGAGAGCCGAUUCGGCUGAAUGGCGGGUCCGACCUCUUGAAGCAUAGAUGUCUUAUUACUCCUCGAGGAUGCAUAUUACGACAUCUAUCUGCCGAGGAAGAGGACCACUAUCUGUCUCUAGAAAAGAGUCUCACCUCAGCUAUGGAAUCUGGACAUGAAUACCCAGUUUUUGUCAUCACAGAGCCGGAUACCACUAACCGCGGCGGAGGACUCGAUGCCCUAUUUGCAACUCCUGAAAAAUUUAACAUUCGGUGGAUCGACGAUGAGGCAUCUCGAAGUGGCCUGAUUACGGGCACCGCAGAGGAUUCUGUUAUUUUAUCUCAUCCAUCUUCCCAGGCACCUACGACCACACCGCCCAACGUCUUUUUCCGCGCUCGAAGCCGAUUCAGCUCGGUCUACCAGUUGGGCAGUCCCCAGCAGCACAGAUCCAUCAGUACUCUGGGCCCUGAUCUCGAAGAGUUGAUGAGCGUGCCUGACCAAGAGUUACGCACGAUGAUUGAAGCGGCGCAGCGUGAGCUCGAAGUAUCGCGGAAGGACGUAGAUGCCGUGGAUAAGAAAGCGAUGGCGCUUGUGAAACGAAAUAAGAAGCUGAUGCAGCAAGCAUUGACGGCGGCGUUGGAGUUUUUGACAUCUCCAGAUGCUAAAUCCAUGUCAUAG